AUGCUUCUUCAUGGAGUAAUUCUCUUCUGCCUGGUUCCAAAUUCCCUCUCCGUGUCCAUCGCUGCCGGUGGCCAUGUUACCUGCGCGCUGUCCGGUGGGCAGUUGAGGUGCUGGGGUCAAGGCAGCCUGGGCCAGCUGGGGCAGGGGGAUCCAAGAGACCUCGCGGACGCGACGUCGAUCCCUUUGGUGCGCCUGGGUCUGAGGCGAAGAGCAACGCAGGUGGCAGUCGGCAAAGAGCACAUUUGUGCGAGGCUCAGUGACAACAGCGUUACCUGCUGGGGCCAUGGGCCGCAUGGCCAGUUGGGCCGGGGACGAGCUACGAGCUUGCUGGGCUCUCAGUCCGACGACAUGGGCGACAACUUGGUUGCCGUGGAUCUGGGAAGCCUCGCGGCCGUGGAGGUGGUGGCCGGGGGCAUGCAGAGCUGUGCCCGGCUGGUGGACGGGUCCCUGCGGUGCUGGGGCCAGGGCUCCGGGGACCCAGACAGCCUGGCAGUGGGCCUGGAAGCGCCAAUCCUUCAGGUGGCCGCCGGCACCUCGCACACCUGCGCGCUGCUGGAGGGUGGUGCUGUGAAAUGCUGGGGCGCCGACUUUCAGCUGGGCCGCGGAUCUGCGCAGACCGAGCUCCCGGCCGUGGACCUCGGCGGCGCUGAAGCCUUGGAGAUUGCUGCGGGCCGGGGCUUCGCCUGUGCGCGCCUGGCGAAGAGCGUCAAGUGCUGGGGUUCGGGCAGCGACGGUCGGCUGGGCUCGGGCUCCACCGACAACAUCGGUGACGAUGCGCAGGACGCAGAUAAGGUCCGGGCUUUGCCGGCCCUGGAUCUCGGCUCCGGGCGCUGGGCCCAGGCCCUGGCCGCUGGCGAGGACCACGCGUGCGCUCUGUUGGACGACAACUCGGUCAAAUGUUGGGGCAAGAACGAUUUUGGCCAGCUGGGUCAAGGGCACACGCGUUCCAUCGGUGACGAGCCGGGCGAAAUGGGGGAGAAUUUGCAGCCUGUGGACUUGGGCUCCAAUCGCCACGCCCUGGCGGUAGCGGCGGGUGCCCUUCACAGCUGUGCCAUCCUGGACGACUACAGCGUGAAGUGUUGGGGCUAUGGCGCUUAUGGCCAGCUGGGCAACGGGGGCACUGCGUCGCUGGGGGAUGAGCCCCUCGAGAUGGGCGAUGCUCUGCCGGUGAGCCUCUUCACCGAGGUCGUUGCGGGAGGGGCCACAGAGCCCAGGGAUCCGCCACGACCGACGCGAUUCCUACAGGCUUCCAGCAGCUGCUGCGAGAACUCGUCGACCAAGAGCCCGUGCGAAGUUCUCCAGGCGUACAUGGAGUCCGUCCUCAUGACGACCACCACCACGACUUUGGAUGUCACCUUCGCAACGGCGCGAAUGUCGAGCGACGAGAAGCGAAUCAUCACGUUCUGCUCCAUGGGCUUGGUUGGAACCCUGCUGCUUUCGUUCAUCAUCUUCAUCUGCAAGAGGACCAUCGCAAAGCGCCGCGCACGGCUUGAGAAGCUGAGAGAAGAUGCAGCGAUCAGAGAUAUGCUCAACAGCGACGAUGACGCCAGCAAGAUGGGCUCCGCCCGUGCCCUGGCGGCGGCCCUUGAACGAGAGGUGGCACCGGGCCCCCCUUCGCUGGGGGAGACGCUUCGCCGGGAGGAGGUCCCAUCUCCCACGGCGGAGCCGAGACAGCUUCCAGUGCCUGGCGGUUGUCCUCUCAGCCCCACCCCCAGUGAGACACAUUCCGUCCGAUCCGGGCCCUUCCCACCUCCCGCCAAAGCCUCGGUGCCAUCUCCACGGCCGCCCCCCGCACGAUCACCGCGCCCGGAGCCGCCCCGGCCGCCAGGCCUGAAGUUGCCCAACUACACCUCCGAGGAGUGCUAG